AUGCAAACUACUAUUUUCAACAUCAACUUUUCGAUCUUCGAUAAAAAAUUUAUCCCUGAAUUUAUUACACAAAAUGAACAUUCUCAUACUGUUGACAUUGGCCAGAAACUAGAUGGUAACGAAUUAUGGCCUAAACAAUAUAAAUCACCUAAUAAGGUCAAAAAGGUCUUCUCCAAGUCUCUUAAAAUUUUGAAACGUAAAUUCACUUGUAAAAUUUGCGAAAGUAAAAAUACAGUUAUAGCCGAAGAAUCAAUGAUUUCAAAAAUUGCUUAUCGUAAGAAAACUUCAACCGACAAGAGUAUAGCAGAAAUUAUUGAUUUUUGA